AUGAAUAAAAUAGGAUUAGUAAUAUUGCUCAGCGCUUUAUCAGUUUGCCAUGGAUACUUCAUUCAUAUCGAUGCAAAUGAAGAACAAUGCUUUUUUGAUCGAUUGACUUCUGGAACUAAAUUUGGACUUAUGUUUGAAGUUGCUGAGGGUGGAUUUUUGGAUAUUGAUGUCAAAGUGAGUAUUUUGCCGGGUCAUUUUUCUUUUCGAACUCAUGAAUUUAUUUCAGAUCACCGGUCCAGAUAGUAAAGAAAUUUACAAAGGAGAGCGUGAAUCUAGUGGAAAAUUCGCAUUCGCAGCUCAUAUGGAUGGACAAUAUACUUAUUGCUUUGGCAAUAAAAUGAGCACAAUGACACCAAAAGCAGUUAUGUUCACUGUUGAUAUCACAGAACCACAUCAAAAUGCACCAGGAGCCGCGCAAAAUCAAGAAGCUAUUGAUAAUCAAAAAUUGGAAGAAAUGGUCCGUGAAUUGUCAAGCUCGUUGAUGAAUGUAAAGCAUGAACAAGAGUAUAUGGAAGUUAGAGAACGAGUUCAUCGAUCGAGUAAGUUUUUUAUUGAAUUUUAUCAAAUGGGGAUUAAAUUUAUCGAGAAACUCUGUAACUUUGAAACUAGAAUAUGUAAACAAACAAGUUUUAUCAGUGUUCCAGAAUAGUCUAGCGAUAAAUAAGAAAAAAACAAGUUUUGGUCGAAUUCGAGCACAGCUUUCUUAUUUGAAAUUGGAAGAAAAUGAUAGAAUUUUUCCAAAAUUAGAUUCCAAUGUGGAUUUGGUUGGGUCACGUUUCCUAAAUUUUCUGAUUUCAAAGAAAACCAAAUUAAUUUUCAGUCAAUGAAAACACAAAUUCUCGCGUCGUUCUUUGGGCAAUUUUCGAAGCAUUUGUUCUCGUCGGAAUGACCGUCGGCCAAAUUUUCUACCUCAAACGAUUCUUCGAAGUCCGAACUAUGGUUUAA